AUGUGGGGUACGGCGCAGGGUUUCGGUCUGCAUUUUCGCCGAGAACAAAGGGUAACACGCAACACUUUGCCGCCUUUAUCACGUCUCGACGUCGGUCCGGCGACCGGAAAGUGGGAAGAGGAAAAUAGCAUGACCGUCGGCGUGCUGUCAAUAGCUUUCGCCGAGGGAAGGAGCGGAGAAGAGGAGAAGAGCUACCAGGGGGGACCUUCGGCUCGAGGCGCGGAGAAGAAAUGCAGGGUCCAGCUGGUUUCACCGUCGGUCCGAUGCUCGCCGAUGGUUUGUUAUUAUGGCGCCCGUUCACUGCUUUCCUCACCCUUAUCCAUCAGGUGGCGGGGUCGCCUGCUCAUCGCACGCCAUGUUCAGAUCCUCUAG